GAAAAAGCCCCUGACUCGUCAACUCUUUAGUCUUUCCGCCUGAAAUUACACUUCCCUGCCCUCCGGCCGCGGCUCAAACUUAAAACCCUAGAACCGCUUCUCGCCUCGCUCACGCGGACCAAAUCUCGAAUCUCCCGAAGCGAACACGCCCGCGAAGGCAGGGUUGCGUUCAUGGCUCGCGUCUACGUGGGGAACCUGGAUCCGCGCGUGACGGCGCGGGAGAUCGAGGACGAGUUCCGCACGUUCGGGGUUCUGAGGAGUGUAUGGGUUGCUAGAAAACCACCAGGAUUUGCCUUCAUUGACUUUGAUGACCGCAGGGAUGCACGAGAUGCAAUUCGUGAAUUGGAUGGUAAGAAUGGAUGGAGAGUUGAGCUGUCCACCAAAGCUGGCAGUGGCCGUGGCCGAGAUCGUAAUGGAGGUUCUGAUAUGAAGUGCUAUGAGUGUGGCGAAUCUGGUCACUUUGCACGUGAAUGUCGCUUACGGAUUGGUUCUGGAGGCCUGGGUAGUGGAAGGCGCCGCAGCCGAAGUCCUAGACAUCGUAGUCGUAGCCGGAGUCGUAGCCACAGCCCAAGAUAUCGGAGGAGCCCAAGCUAUGGCAGAAGGAGCUACAGUCCACGGGAUCGUUCUCCAAGGAGGCGAAGUUACAGCAGGUCGCCCCCUCGUGCACGAAGCUACAGCAGGUCGCCACCGCCGCCUCCUGCACGAAACAACAGCAGGUCGCCACCGCCCCCUCGUGCACGAAGCUACAGCAGGUCGCCACCGCCGCCUCCUGCACGAAACAACAGCAGGUCGCCGCCUCCAGCUCGAGACCAAAGCAGGUCACCGCCACCACCUCCUGCCCGGAGUUAUAGCAGGUCCCCAGGACAGCAGCCCCAGCGUGAGGAGUCCCCAUAUGCCAAUAACGCCUGAGAUUCUUAGUUCACAACGCGGGGAAUGUAAGGGGUGCCCAGCAUGUUUUUCUUAUGCACUUUGGUACAACUUCUGUAAUUCUCUAGGAUUCAGUUUUUCGUUUGCAUUUGCCUGUGUUCCCUGAUACAAUUGUGGAGGCUGGAGCCUAGCGUUUCCGUUGUGAUUUUUGACUGGAUGUGACUUCUCCAAUCCAUGUUGCGCCUCUUGCCAAAGGGUUUGCUA